UCCCCCCCCCCGCCCCGCUCCCGACACGCCCCCAAAAGGGUGGGUCCGAGGCGGUCCCAGGCUGGUAGGGCGGAGCCUGAGGCCACCAGCCUUAACCACCCGACUCGACCCACUCUAGAGCACCGCUGCGCAGAGUCCACCUGGCUCCAGGAAUUGGGGCCCUCGGCGUGUCCUCUCUCACACCCAGGAGUCUGGGCCCGCAGUCCCCUCCACUCCCAGGAUCCAGAAGGUAUGGCCCGAGGCCGCUCCUUCUCUAGGUUCCUCAGGCCCUUUCCCUGCUGCGUUCACACGCAGGGGACGCUUCCUGACCUCCACUCUGAUCCUGCCUCCCCCCUCCCCCCACACAGUCCAGAUCCCCAUCCCAGCCUUGGCAAUGACCCUGGCGGCUUCCUCCCAGCGCUCCCAAAUCAUUCGGUCCAAGUUCCGAUCUGGCCAGGCUCUUGGACACUCCCUUCCCGCCUCUCUCCUCCCACUCCUUCCACAGUCCUUCAGCUUCGGAUCCACAGACGGUAUCAGGACCCGACCCUCUCGGGGUCCUUCACCGCCUCUCCAGUCUUGGAUCCUGAUCCAUGGAUCUCAGCUGCAGAUCCGGCUCUGGCUCUGGCCCCUGCCUCCCCAUUGGGCCCAGCCCCUUUCCUCUUCAACCCUGAAGUCCUUCUUCCUGAGCCGAAACCCUGCUGGUCCCUGAAGAAGGAGUCUCCCAAGACCUCCCAACACUGGAGGGAGCCCAAGCCCAAGGGGAACUUGACAUACCACCAGUACAUACCCCCAGAGCCAAGACAAGGGUACAGGGCAGACCCCCAGGUUGAAGGGUCGCCCUUGGAUCCCCCUGGACCGCCUCUGUGGGAAGGGACAACCUCACAGCAGCCACCUCCUAGGAUGAAGCCCACACCCCUCACUCCCUCCCCACCAGGAGUCCCCAGCCCCUCGCCCCUGCCACAUAAGUUGGAACUUCAGACCCUCAAACUGGAGGAGCUGACGGUCUCAGAGCUCCGGCAGCAGCUGCGGCUGCGAGGCCUCCCGGUGUCGGGGACCAAGUCAAUGCUUCUGGAGCGCAUGCGCGGCGGCGCCCCGCCCCGCGAACGGCCGAAGGCUCGGCGCGAGGACAGUGCGGCGGGCGCCCCCUGGCCUCGCUUCAGGCCCAAGGCUUUGGGAGCCGCCCGGAGUGCGUGCUCGUUCAAGUUGAGUCCAACAUCUCAUUCGCCGCCUCCUCCACGUGCCGCGGAAACCCUGGUGACUGCUUCGGCUUCGGCUCCGGUUCCGAUUGCGACGACGGCUCAGGCUCCAACUCCAGCUCCAGCGCCAGUCCCUUCCUCAGCACCGGCCUCAACAGCUCUGACCCUGGAGGAGGAGCUGCAGGAAGCGAUCCGCAGAGCGCAGCUGCUUCCGAACCGGGGCAUUGAUGACAUCCUGGAGGAUCAGGUGGAGCCUGAGGGUAGCUGGACCCCUUACUUGGUAGCCCAGGGCUCCCCAAAGUGAGCAUUCCUCGGGGAAGGAGCAGAAACUUCCAGUUUUUUAAAGACUGAACUUGGAACUGGCACAGUGUCACUUCCACUACAUUCUACUCCUUAAUGUAAGUCGGGGAAGGCCAGGCUUAAUAUGAAAUAUAACUACACAAAUGUAUGAAUUUCAGGGGCAUGGUCAUUGGGGGCUAUCUUUGGAGACUUGCCACUAUAUGCCUCUAAGGCAAUCGUGGGCCACAGGUCACAAGAAGGGGGCAAGAAAUAAACUCCCAGGCACCUUGAGCCCACCAGCAGUCCUGGAAACAAAGCUGCAGGGUAAGCUGUUAGCAGCAAGCUGUUUUAAAAUAUAGGUUUUAUUAUUAUUCAGGUAUGGUGAGGCCAAUAGAUCAGGAGACAAUUGCCAGACAAACAAACAAAAAACAGUUUUUUAUUUUCACAGGUCCCAAAGGCAGGGGGCAAAGCCAAGCUAUACAGGGUAUAUGGAGAAGCACCAGGGUCAGUCAGGAGGUAGAGAGGAAGAGGAGAAACUUGGACCCGAGAGACUUUAUUGUGGUUUCCUUAGGAAAUAACAGAUGUGCCAAGGAUCUGUAAGCUCAGGAUUGUCUAGUUUGAAUAAUGUCAGCAGGCUCUGGGGUGUAAGAGUUGUCCCCAGUUACCUGGAACUUGGCCUUGGAGGGGCAGAUGAAUAGUGGCCUGAAAUAUAGAGAUCCAUACAGGAAGUGGUUUGAGGUACAGGCUCUGGGUUGGUUGGUUUGCAUGUGAAGGGCAUGCUUAGGUGUGAGUCCUUUCUUACCUCUAGGAAUUGGCCAGCCCUGGGAGGGCAGUCCCUCCAUCAGCAAAGCCCCAGAUGUCAAAGCUCCAGAAAUACAGAAAAUAAAAAGGCAAGAUUAAUGCAUAAAACACUCCGAGGCUGAGUGUUGGGUGCACAGAACUGGUAAGAAGAAUCUGAGGGAACCUGGGCAGGCCAACAACGAUGUCCACUACAAGUGAGAAUGUGCUGCGGAUUGGUUAUGUUACAGUGCCUAGAGUCGUGACUUCCCUUGUCACUGUCGUGUAAGUUUCUUUAUUCGUUCCUACAGCCCAGUGUGACUGAGAGAGUUCACUGAGACUGUCCACAAACCAGACCUGGCAAGUGACAUGCACUGAUAAAUGUUAACCACCAUUUCUAGUUGCUGAUCAACAAUUCUAGUGCCUCAAAGUGUGUAAACUCCAGUGAAUGUCGAAGAUUCAAGAUAAAAAUGGAAGGGAACAAAUGCUCAUUACCAUGAGGGAAAGGGAAUCUUUGGUGUCUUCCAAACCAGGUAGAAUUUGUCACCCUCACUUUCCAGAGAAAAUAAUUAAAGAUCGGAGAAGGGGAGUGACCUGCCCAGUAUCACACAGACAGGAGGUGUUGGAGUAGGGUUUUAAAUUGGAUUCAUAAAUUCACAGCCUGUGCCCUCAGGGUUGAAAAAUCAAAGAGCCUCAAUCUCUGCUCUGGUGAAGCUCAGACAUUUGAAAAGAGAGAGUCCCAAUGCAGGGUGAUAAGUAUUUUCAUGGCAAUGGGAUAGGAGGGGCAUGAAUCCUAGAAAGUACCGGAAUUUACGGGGGAUGGGACAGGGUGGUCAGAGGAAACAUUUUUUGCUAAGACUCAGAGGAUUGAGGAGGAGAUAGUCAGGAAUGCCUUGGAAGAAGCAUCCUUGUUGAGGGUGAAGAACACACAAAGGCUUGAAGGUGUGAAGGGUGCUGUUACCUGGGGAAACGUGUGAGGUCAGGGUUCCUGGAAUAAAAAGUGGAUGUCCGUGCUAUGGCAGAAUCUGGGACUAGAGAGGUGGGUGGUGGCUGGGUCUUGCAGGAUCCUUUAUGUCAGGCUGAACGUUGCUGGGAAAGGGAUAGAGUCAGCCCUGGGGAAGGGGUCUUCCUUUGUUUGUUUCCCUUCUGACACUUCUGUGCCUCUGUUCCCACCUCUGCCUGACCCCGGGUCCUCUUCACUCUGUCCCCAUCUCUCCUACGUCCAGAGGAGGGUGGCAUUGGGCUGAGAGCCUCAAAGUGUGUGCAGUCCCAGAGAAGAGCCGAGGCUAAAAUCACUGCAGAUGGUGACUGCAGCCAUGAAAUUAAAAGACGCUUACUCCUUGGAAGGAAAGUUAUGACCAACCUAGAUAGCAUAUUCAAA